AUGGCUUGUCAUGUUAUUUUAGAAGCAUCCUCAGAUAGUAAAGUCCCACGAAAUAGCCUAUCCUCUUUAAAGAAAAGCACAGGGGCUAAUACAACUAGAUGCAAUGGAGAACCUCUAGCCGAAAGGAGUUCAGAUUACCCAGACUUUCGAAUCAUAGUCGUAGUUUUCAAUCGACCCCAUUCCUUGAAACGACUCCUGAAUUCUCUGAAUGAGGCAGAAUAUUUUGAAGACAAGGUUAUUCUAGAUGUGUGGAUUGAUAGAUCUAAAAAGGAUGGUUCGAUUCAUGAUGGGACGUUUAGCACAGCCAGAAAAUUUAAGUUUAAACAUGGAGAAUACAGGGUACACAACCACACUAAGCAUGUCGGUAUAUACGGUCAAUGGAUUGGAACCUGGAACCCCGCCCUUGAUUCUGAAGAAAUCGCUGUCAUUCUGGAGGAUGAUCUUACGGUGUCCAAACAUUUCUACCGCUGGCUCAAGAAUGUCCAUCAGAAGUAUGACAGCAUGGACAACCUGGCUGGAUAUGCUUUACUGGGUCGCAGCAUGAAGCAUGGCGGAGCCGCCGAGAAUCUUAGGGGACCAGACGAAGAUGUCUGCUUCCUGUACCCAAUUUUAGGAACCUGGGGUUACUCCCCUCACCGUAAGAACUGGUUUUACUUUGUGGAGUGGUACAGGAAAAAGUCCACAGACCCCUCAUUCCAGCCCUUAAUCCCAGGGAUACGACCCACUCAUUGGUGGAAAGUGUCCGUCCAGAGAGGUACGACAGAUGAAAUGUGGAGUAUGUGGCAUAUUUACCACGCAUGGAACAACAAGUUAUGGACAUUGUACCCAAAUCUGAGAAAUUCCGAGGGCCUGACUGUUAACUGGAAGGAAGCCGGACUACACUUUAAUCAAAAACAGACCGCAGACGACAAAACAGCAGAUCCAAUCCUACAGGAGUGGAUACCAGAAUAUGAUUUUCUACCAAGGACACCAGCUAAACUGGAUGUAAAUGGCAAAAUAUUGCAUGUCAAAGUACAGUAG